GUUGUUUACAUGCACACACACAUUUGCCUAGGUAAACAUGGGCCGGUAAAAAGUGUAAAUAAAAGCAACCGACAAUUGUCAACAAAACGGUGACCAUUGUAAAUAAUUCAAUUGGUGCGCCGUAACGCUUUGUUUUCUGGACAGGCGGUAUUAAAGCGCGGCUUAGCGAACAUCGCUUCCACAUUCAGCGACUGGAAUUCUCACCGGUAACAACAACAAAAAAACAGGCGUUUUCGCAACUACAUCGAUACGGGAAGAAGAAGAACGCCUCGGAAUGAGCAGCGAAACGGAGGAGAAAAGAGCCAAGGCCCAGCCCAAUGGCUGUGAGCGAACCUUUGUCCGGGGGAACAAGAUCAAGUGGUUCUGGGCACCAGCCUUCUUUGGAUUCUGGCUGCUGCUCUACGUGGCCAUCUCAAUCCCCGCCAGCCACCGCCUGCCCCGCCCACUUACCAUUCAGGAUGAGGCCAAGCACCCCGACCAGUUCAUCGCCGAGCGGGCGGAGAACAAUUUGAGGGAGCUGGUGAGUCUGGGCCCCCGAGUGGUGGGCAGCCGGCAGAACGAGAUGGCCGCUCUGAAGUUGCUGUCCCAGAAGAUGCAGAAGAUUCGCUCAGGCUCUGCCAACGAUAUCGAAGUAGAUGUCCAGGUGGCCUCCGGGAGCUACGUACAUUGGUCGAUGGUCAACAUGUACCAGAGCAUUCAGAAUAUUGUGGUCAAGAUUAGUCCCAAGGGAACCAACAGCACCACCUACCUUCUGGUAAACAGCCACUACGACUCGGUGCCGGCAGGACCUGGUGCUGGCGAUGAUGCUUCCAUGGUGGCCACCAUGAUGGAGGUACUGCGUGUGCUGGCCAAAUCCGACAAGCCCCUGAAGAACCCUGUGGUAUUCCUGUUCAACGGAGCCGAGGAAAAUCCUCUGCAAGCGUCACAUGCUUUCAUCACCCAGCACAAAUGGGCCAGAUUCUGCAAAGCUCUUAUUAACCUGGAUUCCUGUGGAAACGGCGGUCGAGAGAUCCUCUUCCAAUCGGGUCCCAAUCAUCCCUGGCUGAUGAAGAACUACAGACGUGCCAUCAAGCAUCCGUAUGCUUCUACCAUGGGCGAGGAGCUGUUCCAGCAUAAUUUCAUUCCCUCCGACACGGACUUCCGCAUCUUCCGUGACCACGGAUCGGUUCCCGGCUUGGAUAUGGCCUACACCUACAACGGGUACGUCUACCACACACGACACGACAGGGCAGAGAUCUUUCCCAGGGGAAGUUUCCAGCACACUGGAGACAAUCUGUUGGCCUUGGUUCGACAGAUUGCCAACUGUCCGGAGAUAGAGGAUUCCUCGAAAUACGCCGAAGGACACACCAUCUAUUUUGAUGUCAUGGGCUGGUUCCUGGUCUUCUACACCGAAACCGAAGGCGUUAUCUUAAACGUUAUUGUGGCGUUGGCAGCCAUCGGUUUUUGUGGCUUCGCCUUCAAGUUGAUGUCGGAUGGCUCGGGCAUUAAGCUGGAGAAGAUCCUCAAGCGGGUCUUGCACACCCUCCUUGUUCAGAUUGUAUCUGUAGUUGUGGGAGCAGUGCUGCCAGUUCUUCUGGGACUUUUCAUGGACGCGGUGCAUUUGCCUCUCUCGUGGUUCUCGAACUCCUGGCUCGUCUUGGGCCUGUACUUCACCACAUUCUUCUUUGGUCUGGCUAUAGUGCCUGCUUUGUACUUCCACUAUACCAAGCAUGAUAAACUACCCAUUGGACAGCGUAUUCAGCUUUUGCUGCACUGCCACUGUGUGCUCUUGGCCAUCCUUACCCUUAUCUUCACCAUCUGUGGAAUUCGCUCUGCGUUUGUGCUGAUGCUCAGCUGUUUGUUCUAUACAAUGGGUCUAAUCAUCAACAUUGCCACCAAACUGCACAGCAAGGAUGUGGCCUGGGUCAUUCCGCACAUUGUCUGCACUGUUCCGCCGUUUUUAUUCUUCGCAUAUUUCUCGCACGGAUUCUUCACCACCUUUAUUCCCAUGUUCGGUCGGUUUGGUGAGGACGUUAACCCGGAUCUGGCGGUGGCUGUUUUCAGUGUUGCUGUGGGUUUCCUGUGCUGCGGUUUUAUUAUUCCUGUUCUGCAGCUCUUUAACAAGUCAAAGACGAUUAUUUGUGGCCUGAUGGGCAUCACUUUGUUGUGCUUCAUUAUUGCAAUGACACCAGUGGGAUUCCCCUACCGUCCAGAAACCAAUGUUCAGCGAUUCGCCGUGCUGCACACCAAACGUACCUUCCACGACGCCGAAAACAAUGUGCGCCGUCAGGAAUCGGGUUACUUUAUUAUGCCUCAGGACAGACGCACCUACACAGUCAAAAAUGCGGUUAUCAACAUGACACUUGCCCAACGGAUCGGUUCCGAUUGCGAUAAAGAAAUUAAUUGUGGGUUACCCCUGUACAAUCAGCGUUGGCACAAGACCAGAAAGAACAGCUUGUGGAUACCUGCUUCUGAGCCAGUCCUUGGCGAAGAUCUUCCCACUGUAAUUGUACUAUCCAAGAAGCAGCUGUCAUCCACCAAGAUUCGUUAUGAAAUGCAGCUAAGUGGACCCAAUCACAUGGCGCUCUUUAUUCAGCCCUUGAAUGGAGCAAAUGUGACGGACUGGUCCUUCCAUAAAGCACCUUUACGUCUCAACUUUGAGCCCCCGUACUUCAUCUACUUCUCCUGGGGCGUCAAUGGAGAUCCCCUAAAGUUCUGGCUAGAGCUGGAGAAACCCAAUGGAAAUUGGAAUUCAACCACUCUUGAGCUGGGUCUCGGAGGACAUUGGACGCACCACAAGGACUUAAUAACGCCGGACUUCAAAAAGUUCCUAGACAGUUUCCCCAAUUAUGUGGAUGCCACCCCCUGGCCAGCUUCGUUUGAGAGUCGCAUCUACUAG